AUGAAGCACGUUAUUCUGGCGAUUUUAAUUUGUUUUCUCUGGUUAGAACUUCUGGUGGCAGUGCAGAACAGAGAUAAGAUUUUAGAGGCACUGAUCGCUUACAAUGGUCCGACUGCGGAAAGCAGUAGACAUAAGUUUUAUGAACUAUCGAGUGAACAAUAUUUUUCCGGCGAGCCGGAAGUGGAUUAUGGAACCGUCAUUGUGGAAAGGAAGAAACGUCUGAGUGAUCCAACCUUUCGUGGUAAACCCAAAACUCGCGAACAGGUCUGGGCAAAAAACUUUGCGCAUAUCAUAACGAAUGAAUACCAGGCCAAAUCGUUGGUUAAGUUGCUUAUUAAGGUGGUUACAAAGUAUCUGCACGCGUGCAUUCCUUUGAUUCUGUUCGAUGGGUUUGUUGAGCAAACCGAAAGCUACAUCAUGGAGGCAUUAUUCACGGAGUUUCCCAUGACAUACACUUGCGGGAAGAUCGGACCAAAUUAUACGCUGGACAAUCCGGAUCUAUUGCGCAGUGCUAGUUCCAAAUGUCGCAGCUAUAUUCUUUUCAUAUCGGACGUGAUGAUGACCCGACAAGUGAUUGGUCCGCAAUUGACGGAUUAUGUCAUUGUAAUCCCACGAUCCCGUCAGUGGAAGCUUCAGGAUUUCCUCCGAUCGAAAGAUUCUCGUGAUAUAUUGAAUUUAUUGGUGAUUGGUGAGUCGUACUCCGUGCUAAAGGCGAACAAGGGAGAUGUACCGUAUGUGCUCUACACUCACGAGCUGUACACGGACGGACUGGGUUCGAGUCGUCCGAUCGUGCUGACCUCCUGGAUGAAUGGGCGGUUUUCCCGUGUGAAUGUGGAUCUAUUCCCAAAGAAGAUGAAAAAGGGAUUCUCCGGGCAUCGCUUCACAAUUGCGGCUGGUCAUCAGCCACCGUUUGUGUUCAAAAUUCUGAGCACCGACGGAGUCGGUAACAUCAACAUUCGCUGGGAUGGACUGGAGAUACGGAUUCUUCAAACGUUGAGCAAUUAUUUGAACUUCACCUAUGACAUCAAAGAACCGGCGAUGAGUCAGCAAGGACUGGGAGAUGCUGUGACGAACGAAAUCUCCCGCCAUCGAGCGGACAUUGGCUUGGCUGGGGCAUAUGUCACGAUUGAACGGAACGUCGGUACGGAAAUGUCCGUAGCGCAUUCCACGGAUUGCGCGGCAUUUGCGACCUUAAUGUCAUCGUCUCUUCCGCGAUAUCGUGCCAUUUUGGGUCCUUUUCAGUGGCCUGUCUGGGUCGCACUUACCCUGAUCUACUUGUUGGCAAUUUUCCCGCUGGCUUUUUCGGACAAACUAAGCUUGAGACAUCUGAUUGGAAAUUGGAGCGAGAUCGAAAAUAUGUUCUGGUAUGUCUAUGGAACCUUUACCAACAGUUUGACAUUUACCGGGGAAAACUCGUGGAGCAACACACAGAAAACAUCAACGAGAAUGCUCAUAGGUGUUUACUGGGUGUUCACAAUCAUCAUCACAGCGUGCUACACUGGGUCCAUCAUCGCCUUUGUCACAAUGCCAGUGCUGCCGGAUACGGUGGACACGGUCGCUCAACUGCGGAAUGGGUUCUAUCGUGUCGGUACCCUGGAUCGGGGUGGCUGGGAGCGUUGGUUUCUCAACUCGAGCGAUCCCGCAACGGAAAAGUUGUUGAAGAAGUUGGAGUUUGUCUCAAGCGUACAGGAAGGAAUCAAGAAUAUCACGGGAGCGUUCUUCAUUUCGUAUGCUUUCAUCGGGUCGAAGGCAGAGCUGAACUAUCUGGUUCAGUCCAAUUUUUCCAAAGAGUCAACCAAUAUGCGAUAUCAACUGCACGUGAGUAAGGAGUGCUUCGUUUUGUUCAGCGUGUCGUACGUGUUUCCGAUCAAUUCUAUCUACAGAGAUAAGUUCAACAACGCCAUCCUGUACAUGCAGGAGGCAGGCAUAGUAUCCAAACUGAGGAAAGAUGUUUCCUGGUCGUUGCAGAAAACCAAGGACGGACGUUAUCGACAAGCAUCGGUAGGAGAGACUUUGCGUACUCCGACGACGACUGCCGAAAAAGGACUCACCCUCGCCGACACCGAAGGUAUGUUCCUGUUGAUGGGCGUGGGAUACCUGAUAGGAGCAGGAGUACUCAUUUCGGAGUGGGUCGGAGGGUGUACGAACAAGUGUCGAGAGAUCAUCAGAUCCAGAAGGGAGCGUCCUGAUAGUUUUGUUAGCUCAAACACAUCAUCGGCGAACCCAAACUCGCCCCGUCGCAGACGGAGACCUUCCGGGAAGGAGUACAAUCUGACGGAGAAUAUCGACAGCAGUUCGACCCUUCCGAUCACGCCACGUCCAGCGGACGAUGAUAGCGGAUCCGAUGUGAGCGAGCGCACUCGUCAUCAACGGAGUCUGUCCGAGAGCUUUCACGAGUUCAAUCAAAAUACACUGCAUGAUCUGUAUGACGGACCGAACCGUAGACACUCGACUAUCGUUUGUGUGGACGGCAAAGCUAUGUCCGAGGAGGAAGCUCGCCGGUAUGCGUCUAGGAAACACAAACACAGCAGCAGUCUUAGCUCGGUUGUUGAGCAUGAAGUGACACGCUUGUUCAAAUAUUUGGAUGAUCAUAAAUCGACACAUGAAGAUCUGAGCGAACAAUCGGGGAAACAGUCUACGAAAAAGGCGAUUGAAGUGGCGGUGGAGGUCAACCGCUCGGUUGGGGGAGUAUCAAAAGUGGUAAUAGAUUCUGUAGAAGAAAGUAUAGAUGUUCCCUUCGGAGAGAAAGUACUGUACUGA